CCUCUGAGUCUACGUGUGCUUUUCUUUUUCCUUCUAGUUGUAGAAUUUCCACUCAGCCAGCCUUCCUGUAGUUCUGGAUGAUGUCCGUUUUGUCUUUUUGUUGUAUUUUUGAAGUUGUUGUGGGAGACAGCAAUUUCCGGUUUUUACCUAUGCUGCCAUCUUUGUUUCUCCAUACGUUAAAUUUUUGUUGUAAAAAGAAUACCAAAACAGGAGUGCUGGACUGCAGCCAUGGCCUACUGCUGGCAGGAAGGAAAAGAUCAAAUAAUAUUUGUGACCAAAGAAGACCAUGAAACUCCAAGCAAUGCAGAGCUGGUGGCUGACGAUCCCAAUGAUCCAUACGAGGAGCACGGGUUGAUCCUGCCAAAUGGAGACAUUAACUGGUACUUCCCGUGCCCUGGGGGAAUGGCUAGUGGCCCCUGUGGGGAACAGUUCAAGUCAGCCUGUUCCUGCUUCCACUAUAGCACGGAGGAUCUCAAAGGAUCAGACUGUGUAGACCAGUUCUGGCCCAUGCAGGAAUGCAUGCAGAAAUACCUGGACCUCUAUCCCCAAGACAAGGAGGAGGAGGAGGAGAAGCCAGCAGAACGUUUAGAAAAGGCAGCUCUAGCUAAGGCCACCACAACCAAAGAACAAGAGGGGUCAAGCUAAUGAGGGCCAUGCUGCAGCACUGGCUCCAGGCCUUCCACCUCAGAUUGAUAUGAACCUUUUGCAAAUGCCUUUCAGUCACUCUAUAAGAAAGUCUUUCUCUCUAUUGUUCUGUGCACUGUAAUGUACAAAAUAACUUAUUUUGAUGAUCAGGGGUUUAGGCUCCUUGCCAUAUG